GCCGCACACAGCGCGGAGCCGGCCCCGCUCACGCCGCCGGCGCCAUGGGGCUGAGCUAGGGGGCGCCGCGCCGCCGGAGGUCUUCCGGUAUCUGAAGUUGAGAACUUCCUUAUCUCCGUAAAGAUGGAAAAGGAAGAAAAGAAGAUUGUCAAUACAGGCGAGGAGGAUGAGAUGGAGAUUUAUGGUUAUAAUCUGUGCCACUGGAAGCUAGUUUUAGUUGCUAUAGGGGUGUUUUGUACUGGUGGCUUCCUCCUCCUCCUCCUCUACUGGAUGCCUGAGUGGCGUGUGAGAGCAACGUGCAAAAGGACUACACUUAAGGACUGUGAAGUGGUGCUACUGAGAACGACUGAUGAAUUCAGGAUAUGGUUUUGUGCAAAGAUUCGUAUUGUGCUUUCUUGGGGAGACAGCCCAUUACAGAAUCCUCAGUCUAUUGAAGACAAAGUUUCAAAUGGCCAUAGUGGUCAUUCAUGUGAAAGCCCUGCUGAAGAGAAUAGAAACAAUCCGAACAAAUAUUCUCCUAUUCGCUAUUUCACACACCACAGUGUAAAGUAUUUCUGGAAUGAUGCAGUCCAAAGUUUUGCCAUCAUAAAGGGACUGGAUGAGUCUACUUCCUGCUCUUCAAUUCAUAAUGAACAUAGUAAAGGUUUGACUAAGGAGGUGCAUGACGACAGAAAAGUAUUCUAUGGAGUAAAUGAAAUUGCCGUGAAAGUGCCUUCCAUUUUGAAGCUUCUGAUUAAGGAGGUUCUAAAUCCUUUUUACAUUUUCCAACUGUUCAGCGUGAUAUUGUGGCUCACUGAUGAAUAUUACUACUAUGCAUUAGCGAUUGUGAUUAUGUCUGUGAUAUCCAUUGUUAGCUCACUGUACACCAUUAGAAAGCAAUAUAUUAUGUUACAUGACAUGGUGGCUGCUCACAGCAUUGUCAGAGUUUCUGUCAGCAGAGCAAAUCAAGAAGUAGAAGAGAUCCUUUCCACAGACCUUGUGCCUGGAGACAUCAUGGUGAUUCCGUCUAAUGGGACAAUCAUGCCCUGUGAUGCAGUACUUGUCAGUGGUACUUGCAUCGUUAAUGAAAGCAUGUUAACAGGUGAAAGUGUUCCUGUAACAAAGACUAAUCUCCCAAAUCCUGCAGAAGACCCAAAAGCAGUGGGAGAUGAAAUAUACAGUCCAGAAGUACAUAAGCGACACACAUUGUUCUGUGGGACCAAUGUCAUUCAAACCCGUUUUUAUACUGGAGAACGAGUCAAAGCCAUAGUAGUGAGAACAGGCUUUAGUACGUCAAAAGGACAGCUUGUUCGUUCUAUACUGUAUCCAAAGCCAACUGACUUCAAACUCUACAGAGAUGCCUACAUGUUUCUGCUGUUUCUUGUGGUGGUGGCAGGAGUUGGGUUUCUUUACACAGUUGUCAAUAGCAUACUAAAUGAGGUUCCUGCUCAUAUAAUAAUCAUUGAGUCUCUUGACAUUAUAACCAUCACUGUACCGCCUGCACUUCCUGCUGCAAUGACUGCUGGGAUCGUUUAUGCACAGAGACGGUUGAAAAAGAUUGGUAUCUUCUGCAUCAGUCCUCAGAGGAUAAAUGUCUGUGGCCAAUUGAAUCUCGUGUGUUUUGACAAGACUGGCACACUUACUGAAGAUGGCUUAGAUCUUUGGGGGAUCCAAAGAGUGGAAAAUGCUCGUUUCCUUUUUCCAGAAGAGAGAGCUUGCAAUGAGAGCUUGGUGACAUCUCAGUUUGUUGCUUGCAUGGCAACUUGUCAUUCACUCACGAAAAUUGAAGGAGUGCUUUCUGGGGACCCGCUCGAUUUAAAGAUGUUUGAAGCCAUAGGAUGGAUUCUUGAAGAAGCAACUGAAGAGGAAACAGCUCUUCAUAAUCGAAUAAUGCCAACCGUGGUUCGACCUCCAAAACAGCUUUUUCCAGAAUCCAAACCUGCCACAAAUCAGGAAAUGGAACUAUUUGAGCUCUCGGCCAGUUAUGAGAUUGGAAUUGUGCGUCAGUUUCCAUUUUCUUCUGCUUUGCAACGCAUGUGUGUAGUAGCAAGAGUGCUAGGGGAGAAGAGAAUGGAUGCAUUCAUGAAAGGUGCCCCAGAGGUGAUUGCCAGUUUGUGUAAACAAGAAACAGUUCCUGUUGAUUUUGAAACCAUUUUGGAAGACUACACUAAGCAGGGCUUCAGAGUUAUCGCUCUUGCUCACAGAAAAUUGGAAUCAAAACUUUCAUGGCACAAAGUCCAGAAUAUUAACAGAGAUGCCAUUGAAAGCAACAUGGAUUUUAUGGGGUUAAUUAUAAUGCAAAACAAACUAAAGCAAGAAACCCCUGCUGUACUUGAAGACUUGCAUAAAGCCAACAUUCGCACUGUUAUGGUCACAGGUGAUAACAUGUUAACUGCUAUCUCUGUGGCUAGAGACUGUGGAAUGAUUCUACCUCAGGAUAAGGUCAUUAUUGCUGAAGCGCUACCUCCAAAGGAUGGGCAAGUUGCCAGGAUAAACUGGCAUUAUGCAGAUACCCUUACAAAAUGCACUAAUUCAUCACCAGCCAUUAACUCACAGGAUAUUCCAAUUAAAUUGGUCCAUGAAAGUCUUGAGGACCUCCAGCUGACUAAAUACCAUUUUGCAAUGAAUGGAAAGUCAUUCGCAGUUAUACUGGAGCAUUUUCAGGACCUUGUGCCCAAGCUGGUGUUGCAUGGCACUGUAUUUGCCCGCAUGGCACCUGAUCAGAAAACCCAGCUAGUGGAAGCAUUACAAAAUGUGGAUUACUAUGUUGGCAUGUGUGGAGAUGGUGCAAAUGACUGUGGUGCACUGAAGAAGGCCCAUGGUGGUAUAUCACUGUCUGAACUUGAGGCUUCUGUGGCAUCAGCAUUCACCUCCAGAACUCCUAGUAUUUCCUGUGUGCCAAACCUUAUCAGGGAAGGCCGUGCUGCUUUAAUAACUUCCUUUUGCGUAUUUAAGUUUAUGGCUUUGUACAGCAUUAUCCAGUAUUUCAGCGUUACCCUACUAUAUUCUAUCCUGAGUAAUUUAGGAGAUUUCCAGUUUCUUUUCAUCGAUCUGGCAAUCAUUUUGGUUGUUGUCUUUACCAUGAGUUUAAAUCCUGCCUGGAAGGAGCUUGUUGCACAGAGGCCACCUUCAGGUCUCAUCUCAGGUCAACUUCUCUGCUCAGUUCUGUCUCAGAUUUUCACCUGCCUUGGUUUUCAAACCAUAGGAUUUAUUUGGGUCAAACAGCAACCCUGGUAUGAGCCCUGGACCACACAGGCAGAUGCCUGUAACUUAUCAGCAGCCACAAACACCAGUUCCUCCCAACCUGAGAAUGAAACUCUUCACGAUGAGCACAAUAUCAAAAACUAUGAAAACACAACGGUGUUUUUUAUCUCCAGCUUCCAGUACCUCAUAGUGGCAAUUGUCUUUUCUAAAGGGAAGCCCUUUAGGCAGCCUUGCUACAAAAAUGUUCUGUUUGUUAUAUCUGUGAUAGUUAUUUAUAUCUUCACAUUAUUCAUCAUGUUGUGUCCAGUUGAAUCCAUUGACAGGGUUCUUGAGCUAGUUUGUGUACCAUAUCAGUGGCGUAUAACAAUUCUCAUCAUCAUCAUCAUCAAUGCAAUUGUAUCCGUCCUGGUAGAGAAUAUCCUCCUUGACAUGAUCCUUUGGAAGGUUGUGUUCAGUCGAGACAAACAAGGAGAAUAUCGCCUCACCAUACCCCAGCCACCUCAGGAGCCUUUGGAUCGCUGGAGAGGAUGCUUCCUUUCCUCCCUGUUUGGCUGCAGAAAGAAGAUUCCAAAAGCCAAGUACAUGCACUUAGCUCAGGAACUGUUGGUUGAUCCAGAAUGGCCACCAAAACCUAGAACAACUACAGAAGCUAAAGAUCCAACCCAGGAAAAUGGUUCAUAUCCAAUAAUCACUGUAACAUAACAAUGAAUCUCAGUGGUAUGUUUCUUUAGCAGUAUUCAGAGCUAUGUAAUUUUAUGGCUUUAUUUAGUAUUGCAGCAUGCUAAGCGUUCUCCUAGUAGAAACAUUUCCGGUUAUUUGGUCUCUGAAUACAAAGUUCAGAGCUGGACAUCGUACAAAUUAUACAUUAAAAAACACUGAGCUAGAAGAAACAUUUUUUUACUACAUUUUAAAGCCUCACUUGUCCAAAGUGAGCUGUAUUUAAAGGUUUAAAUUGCAGGGCGGUUAAAUAGGGUCCGUUGAGUAUUUGGGGAAUGUUAAUAUUUGGUGGUAAUUGUUCCACCCUGUGUUCCAACAGCAGUGUGAGCGCAGUGUGCUGUUUGACACAGCCUUUUCACAGCAGUACUAGAGACCCAUAGAAACCACAUGGAAAGGGUUGUCAGUUAUUUCUUCUUCACUUUUUAUCAGAAAGCAUUGUGACUGUAAGAUGAUCCUGGAGUUUAGAGUGUAUCCCUCCAUUUCACAUGGACUAAACCCAGGUUCCUACCUAAUAGUUCAAGAGCGUUCCCAGCUGUGGGACAGGUAAGAGUUUGGACUUGCAGCUAGUCCUGAAGUCUGACCCUCCAAGUACUGGGAAUGCAGUAAAAGCUGUGUGCUCAGUCACGAGGAGGAAGGAAGCGCAUCACUCUCCUCUUACCAUCCUCUUCAGCUAAUCCUGAAUUGUCAUAGGCUACAGAGGACAGGUUGUUGGGGUCUUUGAGAAGGGGGAUGCUGAAGAACCUACUCCAAAUAAUUCUUCCCUUACAUCUUACUUUUAUUGCAUUUAACUGACUGGUGGCUCCAUACGUUCUUACUCUGUCCAACAAAGGGAUUAGAUCUUACUGUUAUCAGACCAGGUUUUGUUUGUAUCAUUUGGGUGAUUUUUAACACCUUUGCACCAGCAAGGCAGAACUAGUGCUAGGAGGCAGAAAAUGGUUUUCACAUGCCCUUAGCAUUAGCAAAUAUUAAUCCUGGGCACAAGGGCUUAUAAAUACCAAAGGAUUGGUCUGCCAGUGUUUUAAUUACCAUGUAGUUGUGUGCAAGAAUGUUAAGAUGGAAACAGAUGAGCCAAAGUCCAGAUCUUUUUAUAAAAUUACUGGGCUGCCUUGGAUCUUUCUUUUUUUAAAAACAAACAAACCAACCACCUUUUCCACCCAGUGGUGUCGAGUACUUAAAGUGUCAGUGCACAGUUUCACCAUGAGGUGGUGCCAGAGAGCAUUGUACUAGGCCACUUGGAAAAUGAAAUUGCAAAUAUGAGACGGUAAGCAGCAGCAACUUCAAAAAUGUUGGGUUUUAGAAGCCUAUCAAAAUGGGUAAAAAACCCAAAGCCUUUGGCAACCAAAAAAACAGUAAAACAUUGAGGAAAAACUCCUCCAGUCAGUUCCUAUUGCUCUUUUGAAAGAAUAAAACAUGCUAAAAGUUGGACUGCCUUUUUUAACUCCAUGAAAUUGACUGAUCUAAGUAACUCUGAACUUUGGGAGAGGACACCAGAAAUCCAGCUCUGACCCUUAUACUAAAAAUCCUGUAGGACUGUAUGUAGGACUGAAUGAAAACUGUGGCAAUUGCUCCACUCUAGGGAGUGUUCCCCUCCAUAAAAUCCCAGGGAUAGCUCGUUACAGUUAUCUAGGGAGGAUAUCGUUCUCUAGGAUUCUUUAGUAAGAGGAGUUUUGCAGCUCAGGCCUAUUUCCUUUGUGUUUUCAUAUAAGGCAGUGUGUGGUAAUAUCCUCCUCGCCUUGAUGGUGCUGAACAUGCCAUGCCAACGCUGGGAUUAAUAAUGGGGCAUAAAUGCUUUGGAGGGGUCCUCUAGGACUGUGAAGAUUAGCAGUUACUCCUCAUGAAUUAAUAGUACACUUGUGGUGUACUAUCCUCUAUGGCAACUGACAGUUCUCUUCCUGUUUUAUUUUGGGAAGGCAUUUACCAGCUUUUAAUCAGUAGUGCAGACCAGAAUUGUCCUUUUCCUGCCUUUUAUUCUGUUAAACUUCAAACAAUAUUUGUAACUUUAGAAGAGUGUAAAAACUGGAUCACUGUUAUGAUGUUGCUGCUGUUGAGUCUUUUAAAUAUCUCUUUAGUGUGGAAUUUGGGAGGAAAGGCUAUUGCUAGCUGAGUGAAUAUUCUUUAUAUCUCCCUUUUAUAGAAAAUAUUUUACUUUAGUGGAAAGAUUCCAUGAAGCUAUGCAUCUUGGACCUUGGAGCUGUGACUUACGACCACAUCCUAUAGUUGUUUAAAUGUUAACUUACAGGGGGGUUGAGUUAGUUUAAUUCAUUUUAACUUGCGUGUUCAGUCAAAAGUGAAGAGAAAAAUGUGCACAUGCUCUGCAUCUUUCAAGUACUAUUGCUCAGUGCUCUUCCCACAAACUGCUAAUUUGUCUGUCCUCGGUCAGAUGUUAAAGUCAGUCUUUCAUUUGUGAUGAGAAUAUUCCAUGUACCAGCCCAUUAGAAAUAUCCAGAUAAUAAGGAGUAAACUACUGGUAGAGCAGUGAGUUUGUUUAAAGAGUAUUCUAAUU